UGACACCGGCAUUAGCCUUUUUUUACGGCGGUAUGGUUGACAAAAAAAAUGUAUUGAAUCAAUUAUUUUUAUCAAUAAUAUGCAUGGGAAUCGUCAUUUUUCAAUGGGUCUUAGUUGGAUUUUCAUUCGCCUUUGGACCACCUGUUAGCAAAGGAUUUGGUUCGUUCGGUUGGGCAGCUUUAAGAUUCGGUGAAUUAUACAAUCCAAAUUAUUCUCCAACUUAUCCUCUUUUAACAUAUUGUGCUUAUCAAUAUGAACAGCUCCUUAUAGCUCGAGAGUCCGAUGCGGGCUUUAUUGAAAUUAAUGACUGUACAGAUGGGAAAAAGGGCCGGUCUGAUGACGGUUGGUUAAAAUCACUAGGAACCAUAGAUUUUGCCGGUGGUACAGUGAUUCAUAUUUCGAGUGGUGUAAGUGGAUUUGUUGCUUCGGCAAUAUUGGGUCGUCGUAUAGAUCAGGGUACCAAAGAUAUUGGUAAUAAUUUGCCGUUUAGUAUAUUGGGUGCAAGUUUAUUGUGGGUUGGAUGGAAUGGUUUCAAUGCUGGAUCAGCUAAUGCUGCAAGUGGUCUAGCUGCCUUAGCGCUGAUAAAUACCAAUGCAGCUGCGGCAUCUGCCUUAGUAACAUGGGUGCUAUUAGAUGCUAUUCGAGGUUCAGUUACAAUUACUGGUGCUUGCAUUGGUCCCGUAGUAGGUCUCGUCGCUAUUACACCCGCUGCUGGUUAUGUACAGCCAGGAUGGGCUCUUUUGAUAGGAAUAAUAGGCGCUGCAUGUGUUUAUGUGGCAAUGCAGUUCAAGGAAUAUUUAAACGUCGAUGAUACUCUGGAUGUUGCCAUUUGUCAUGGAUUAGGAGGGAUGGUAGGUGCAUUUUGCACGGGUUUAUUCACACAACUGGAUGUGAAUCCAGCUGGAGGAGUUAACGCUUUUUCUGCUGUGUGUACAGCAUUAAUAUUAAUACCAAUGAACUUAGUGUGGAAUCUAUUUGGUUCAUAUAUUCGAGUAUCGGUUGAAGAUGAACUGGCCGGAUUAGAUGCAACUGGUAACUAA